AGAUGUGGUAACAACGUUUUUCGCCGGUUUCUCUUAUUGUUAAAAUCGGAAAGUCAAUUUUUUAUAACUAUACAAUUUACAUUUUUAAUUUAAACUUAGUAAAAUAGUAAUAAUAAAACGGCAACAUAUUCAAAUACUCAUCGUAAAAGAAAAGUUGAAAGCCCACCUUGCAAAAUAUAAUGCUGCGGAAUAAAAUUUUAGUACGAUGCUUUAAGGUGAUGUUAAUUUUCACAAUAACAAGAAGUGCUUUUUGUGACGUGCCAAGACCGCGGGGAGUUUCAUUAAUGAAUGCUUCUCUCUAUUAUCCACGUGACGAGAAAUGGGUUUGCCUAGAUGGAAGCAAAACUAUAAAUUUUCUGCAAAUUAAUGAUGAUUACUGUGACUGUGCCGAUGGUAGUGAUGAGCCUGGCACGGCUGCUUGCCCGGAAGGAACAUUCCAUUGUGAUAACAGAGGUUACCGCUAUAAGUAUAUUCCCAGUUCUCGCGUUAAUGAUGGUAUCUGUGAUUGCUGCGAUGCUAGUGAUGAGUACAGUUAUCCAGACACUCAAUGCGUAAAUACGUGCGCGGCAUUAGGUCGCGCCGAACAAGAAUUGCGCAAAAGAGCUGCAGAAAUACAUAGACAAGGGUCUGCGAAACGUUCAGAAAUGAUAACAAAAGGCAAACAGUUAAGAGCCGAAAGAGAAAAACGACGUUCGGAUCUGGAAGUACAACGUCAACAGCAAGAAACCCUAAGAAAUGAAAAAGAAGAAAUUAAAAAACAAGCUGAGCAAGCAGAAAAUGAAGCUAUAGACUUGUUUAAAGAACUACAAAGAGAAAAGGAAAGUGAUUUCUCCACUACAGAGGCAUCCUUGCGAAAGGACGCUACCGAGAAUUUCUUACGUUACGAUGUGAACAAAGAUGAUUUCGUGGAUAUAGUUGAAUUGCAAUUAGAUAUUGCCUUAGAUCAAGAUCGAAAUGGGGUCGUAACAGUUGAAGAAGCCAAAUACUUUUUAGAUGAGCGCGACCGCGUUGAUUUGCAAGCUUUUAUUACUCUGUCUUGGCCCCGUAUUAAACCAAUGCAAAUGUUGUCUCAGGGAAUUUUUAAGCCUCCAGUAGACAUGAAUCCUGAAGUGGAAGAAAAAACCGAAGAAAAACACAGUCAUACGUAUGAAGAGACCAAAUCUCCUGAAUUUAAUGAAGAUACAGAGCAAGAGUCUGAAUACGAGGCUGAGGAAGAGGCGGACGCAGAAGCGGCUUACGAAGAAGACGAACCUAAUGUAGGAGUUGGCUCAGUAACAGAAGUUAACACGCCAGCCCCUGAAUAUGAUCCUGAAACCCAACGUUUUAUUGAUUUAGCAAACGAAGCGCGGAACGCGUACGCUGACGCGGAACGCGAACUGCGUGACAUCGAUCAAGAGUUAAAUGAAUUGAAAACCCAAAUUGCUAAAGAUUAUGGACCACAAGAUGAGUAUUCCACUUUGGAAGGAGAAUGUUUUAAAUUUGAGGAUCGCGAAUACGUAUACACUUUAUGUCCAUUCGAUAGAACUUCUCAGCAACCAAUUGCUGGUGGUACAGAAACGACGUUAGGCCGUUGGGAUCAAUGGGUGACAGAUGGUAAAGACCAAUAUGCCCAACAAAAGUAUUCGCGCGGGGCCUCUUGCUGGAACGGGCCGCAACGCUCAGCAAUAGUACAAUUUAAAUGCGCCUUGGAAUCCAAAAUUACUGCCGUCAGCGAACCAAAUCGUUGUGAAUAUCAUUUUGAUUUCGAAACACCGUCUGCUUGCGAUGAGGAGACUUUUAUGGCAACGGAAAAGCGUUUAAGAGACGAGCUUUAAGAUACGAUAGCAAAAAGAAAAUCAAUGUUCAAUCUUUUUUUGUUUCAUCCGGCAGAUGUUCCAUACUUGUAAAUUUAAAAACUU